UCAAUGGUAAAAUCCGAACAAUUCGACGAUUCAAUAACGGAGUAUUAUAUGUGCCCUCAUUAAGUCCUAAGUAUGUGACCUAGAUGUGAACUCAAACUGGCGAUGUACGCAGCCAUUUUUGACAAGCCGGAGGGACAGAAUUGGUUAAAACAAUGGAGGGCAGUGUAUAUAACAAGGACGGCCCUUCUGCCCACUGUCUCAAGCGAGGCCAGCAAUUUCCAUGGAUACCUUUCGCAAAGAGCGCAGAUUCAAUCUAUAUCGGCAUGCACCAAAUGCACUUCCAGAGACGUACAAACUAGAGUUGCAAGCUGCCCAUUUCAUAAGUGUUUUCGUGAUGAGCUGGUCAACGAGCAUGCCUACGGAUCCCGGGAUGGUCAACGAGCAUUGACAUUGAAAAACACAAAAGCAGAAAACUGGGCUCACUCACCAUGGGAGAUCGCCAAGGUGUACAUGCCGCCUUCUGGUUACCAGAACAAAACCACAGUUGAAGAGACCGAUUUUAACGGCGUUGCUGGCUUCAUCAUUAAUUGCAAGCGUUUCCGUGGUAACAUCAAGGAAAGUAUUUGUGAAAAGGCUCGGGAAACAGUCAACAAUAUUCGGCACAUGCCGGACAUGUGUGCCAGCGUCCUUACUAUACAGGCCACAACCGAAAGUAUAGAUAACCUGUACGCUCUUCUUAAUGAGCCGGGACUGCAGAAUCGGCCAGAGGUAAUACUGGCUCAAACUGAAUUGGACAAGCUGAAGACCACAGAUCUCUCCAAAGAUGAUAACGCACACAAGUAUAUUUGUCACGAGUUCCAUGAUGAAUUCCAACAGAGACUUGACGAUAUUGAAAUGAAACUACAUUCAAACAAAUUUGAUACCCAAACCGCUAAAGAUAUUAUACGCACAGAAGUCGACAAAAUCCAGAAAAAUUUAGAGCUUCUUUGGGAAGGACUUAAUGUAUUUUCUGAUGAUUUAUCGAAAAUCAAAAAUGACAACCUUCUGUCGAUUAAUGAAGGGAGAAAACGUGCCAUGGAUCGUAUAACUUUUCUAGAAAGAAGGGCCACAGAACGCAUUGAACGAUCUGUAGCAGAUGGUAAAAUAACAGUUGAGACACAUGCUGCAGAAGAGAGAAGUAAGGCAACAGAAAUUAUUGAACAAUCUGUUACAGAAGGUCAAAGAACGCUUGAGACACUUGUUAAAGAACAGAGAACACGGGUCACAGAAUACAUUGUAAAAUCUGUAGAAAAAGGGCAGAUAGCGCUGGAAGAUCAAACCGACGUUCUUGUGCAGCGGUUGCGUAAAGAAGGAGUCCAAAAUCUACAACAAAGGAAACUCGAUUUACAGAAACAGUUGCUAAACCAUUACCAAACAACCGCUGCUGUCAGAAUUAACGUCCGAUUAGACAUUGAUGCAGCUGUAGAAGACAUUUAUGAACAGCCCAAACUUAAACGGAUGAGCAAGAAAGACAAAGAUGGUCAAUUAACAGAGGAAGAUAUUUUAAAAAUAGAUCAGAUAUUUCUGAGCGACAAUGACAAUAUGGCUAAAACAAUAUUUGUAGAGGGAGAACCGGGCACAGGCAAGUCCUCGCUGUGUAAAAAGAUUGUCGAUGACUGGUGUAAACUGAAGGAGGACGGAAAAGGGGAGACAAAAGAAGACAGCCUGUUAAGCCAGUUCGCGUUCUUAUUCUACAUUAGGCUGCGAGAAGUUGAAGAUCGAUGCAACAUCAAGGAUAUGAUAUUGCAGUGUUUGAUUGAACAGAUCAAUUCAGAUUAUAAAGAGUCAAAAGAACUGUUAGCCGAGAUUUUGAAAUCAGAAUAUUGUCUUCUUCUGCUUGAUGGUUUAGACGAGUGGAAACAUGGUAGCUGUAAGCGUGAUGAACGAAUUCCUCAUGCUGAAACAGGUUGGAUGAAUUGCACAACACUGAUUACAACACGACCAUACAAACUAGCGGAGCUAAAGUUAACCCAGUUAAAGCUUGGCAACCAUAUGAAGAUGCAGGGCGUUCAGUCACCUCGAACACUUGUUCGGAGAGUAAUUCAGGAACUUCAGAAAGACGAAGUAAACAAACGUCCAGAAACCUGCGUUAAAACCCUAAAAAAGAAAGGUCUGUGGCAUUUCAGGGGUAUUCCAAUCGUGCUUGUUCACGUUGUUUGGCUCUGGUUCAGAAACAAACUAAAGGCAAACAUGUCUCAGUCUGAAGUUUACAGGGAAAUAAUAAAAGAACGGUGGUGUGAAAUGACAGACAAGAAGGAAAUAGAGGACAACGACAUUCCGAAGGAAUUUCUGGAUUCUUUGAGUGAAUUAGCUUUCAGUAAACUGUUGUCAGCAAAUAAGGACGAUUCCAUUGUUUUUGGCAUUAGAGGGGAUCAGUUAAAGAAGGAGUACCAACGGAUGUCUCUUGAAUCUGGCAUCAUGUCUUGCAGUAAUAAAAUAGGUGAAAGAUCAGCGUCUUAUCAGUUUUUACAUAAAACGCUUCAAGAAUACUUGGCAGCAUUGUUUUUAGCGAAUUGCGGAUCCGAUUUGUUCAAACAUUGUCAACACGUUCAGGAAUUAUAUAAAAAUGACAUGGAAGAAGGGGUGCUUAACUUGACUCAGAUGUUUUUGUUUCUAUGUGGCCUGAAUAUAACUGCUGCUGAAGUGUUUUCGAAAACAUUAAAUGACCUAUUUCCUAAAGACUUUGAACGGGACGGUUAUUCAGUUACAAAUGCGGUGUAUUUCCAGUCCAUGCUACUGAAAGGAUAUGAUGAAGCGGAGAAAAACGGACACACCGGGAUGGAGCUCAUGCAGCAUCAUAUUGUCAUCCGUAAUCGUAAUGAUCUUGUUUACCAGGAUAACGAUAAGAAUGAUGAUAAUGAUGAUGAUCGUGAUUAUUAUUAUUAUUAUGAUGAUGAUGAUGAUUAUGAUGAUGAUGAUUAUUAUUAUAUUCAUGAUCUUAAUUUUAAUUAUGAUUUUUAUGAAUAUUAUGAUAAUUUCAAAAAGCGCAUGACAGACUGCUGCGGUAAAAACAUAUCGAAUAUUGUGUCAUUAAACAUUACAGUACCAUGCCUACCUUCUGUGUUGAUGUACAAGAAAGAUCCAAGUAUUUUGGAUUUAGAGACAUGCAUAAAUCUAAAAUUUCUGCAUUUAGAAGAUGUUCGGUGUAAGGACAUAAACCUAUUGAAUUUGAAUAGAUUAUUGGAAUGCGAAAUAAAAUUCAGUCAUUGGGCAAGUCCAGUCAAACUGGUAACUUCACUUCUGUCCUCCAAUAUAACAUGUUUGAAAACACUCACAUUGGAAUCAGUUCAUUUGCAAUGUAAAGCUGAGGACAUCUUCUGCAAACUUCAACGCGUUGAACACCUUAGCGUCGCUUGGUCCAGUCUCUCAAAUAAUUCACAACUCGACCUUGGACAUCUCAAACACCUUAAGACACUCUACCUAAGAGAACUUGAUUUCUCUGACCUUGUGAUUCCACAUUUGCUCAAUCUCCACGAGUUAGACCUCAGUUUUAGUAAACAGCAAAGGGCACCACAGUUGAUGACGGCAUUACUAGCAGAAAGCGACAAUUCACUCAGUUACAAUAUGGAGUCUAGAAAAGAAUUGAUGUGCCGGCAUUGUGGGAAGGUAUUUCAAAGCAGAUCGGGGCUAAACGAACACGAGCACGUCCAUGAUGGAAAGGCGCCAUACCAUUGCUGUGGAAAGCCGUUCUUCAGCAAAUCAAAAAUGCAGAGACAUUGUUCAGGCAAUUUCAAUUGUAUUUUGGUGGCGAAACCUUGUACAGAGGGGAACGGAAUGGUGAUUUCAAAGGAGAUAGAACUGGUGUCAUUCCUUGGAGAAUUACUUGUGUAUGGCAUUUGGCUUUAG